CAUCUAUUUUGAUAAACCGUAUAUUUAUUAUUAAUCAAUUGUUUUCGAAGCCUAUUUAUCUGUGAUUUUCAUGUUGGUCCAACUAAAAACCUUUUGSUGGAGACAAAAUGGGUGACUUAAAAACACAGGGYRCAAUYGGCGAUUUUCCUAUUUCAUUUUCGUCUGUUUUUGUGAUAAAUCAAAAAUUAUAAARGGAAGAAAAUGGAUAAAAUCAAURACAUUGUGAAAAAGCUUGGUAGCAAGUCUACACCCGCAUUUGAUUCAAGCUAUGACGGAAGAAAAGACGAAUACAUCAAUGUACCAAAAGAAGAACAGGAAGAACUCAAUGAUGAAGAUUACGAGWUUGGCGGGAAGGGCUACAUGCUAGACGAGGAGGAAUCCACUGGAGACGACGAAAAAGACGAUGYCAUCAAGUCAAAACACAAAACAUCAAGUCUGCAAGCAUCUUGGAAUAUAGGGAACCUUAUUCAAGGAACUGGAACAUUAGGUAUACCAUAUGCGGUAAGUCAGGGUGGRUAUAUGUCACUGGUUGCCAUAGUAAUUAUUGCCCUGAUUACAAACUACACGGGAAAGCUGAUCAUUGAAUGYCUGUACGAGAAGCCCGUGGAGCAUGACGGGAGACGAGGACGAAGACUUCGCAGGAGCUACGCCGAGUUAGGACAAUCUUGCUGGAGCCACAAUGGUGCUGUGCUGGUCAGCAGUGCUCAAAUGAUGCAGUUGACAUGCGCGUGUGUUCUGUACCUGAUGUUAGUAGCAGAUUUCUUUAACGACGUUUUUGAAAAGCGUCCAGUUUCCCUCACAGCKUGGAUGCUUCUGUCUGGGUUACUAGUCCUUCCUACCGUGUUUAUUACUCGUCCAAGCCGUAUUUCUUUUCUUAGUAUGUUCAGUGUUUUUUCACUUGCUGUAGUUUUCGCAACUGUAGUGGGCUAUGGAGUAACCCAGAGGCAUGAUUGGGAUUCGCAUAUGCCGCUGAUCACUUUGGGAGGAUUUCCAGUAGCAUGGGGGAUCAUUUUAUUCAGCUUUGUUUGCCACCCCUACCUUCCAGGAAUUGAAGAAACGAUGUCAUCUCCUGAAAGUUUUGAUUCGGUGAUGAACUACACUUUCUUAAUAUCUGCCAUCACUAAAAUCCUGUAUGGUUUUAUAGCWGUUUUAACUUUCAAGACGGAAACAAAGCAACAGAUAUCUGAAAAUCUUCCUCAUGGUAUUCUGGAAAACACAACCAACGCCUUGCUUGGUUUGAAUGGACUUUUUUCGUUUGCACUUCCAGCUUUUACUCUCUUCAAUGUCUUCCAUAAACUUAAUCUAUCGUGUUUUCCACGUUGUUUUCCUGACGAGRCCAACGGCGAAUUAGAUAACUACGAGAAGACUCGUAUAUACGCCCUAAGGGUGAUAUUYGUGGGAACAGUAACCGCUAUUGGUGUCUUAAUUCCCGAGUUUUCACUUUUAAUGGCUAUCAUUGGGAGYUUAUCCGGGGUKUGYCUUGCUCUUGUUUUCCCACCUCUGUUCGAUGUUAUGCUGAACUUAACUACAAUAAGUCCUGCUAAAUACGUCCUCAACAUGUUAAUUGUCUGUAUUGGAAUACUAAGCGGUGGAUUUGGAUUUGUAUUCUCGAUAAUUGCACUUAUAAAAGUGUGUCUUCAAGGAACUUGACUUACACGUAAAGGACUACAUUGUAUAURUAAAUAAUCUACAACAUACGGGUGUGGGCUACAAAGGUUUAAAUCUAGUUAUUUUUGGAUAGGAGCUCAGCAGACCUUUGCAGUCCGGAUGUAGCUCAAAUGAUUUCAAUUCCAGGCUUCCACGUUGCGUGUUUGGAUUAUUUUAUCCUUCGCUUCACCAUGUUGUAUAAAUGAAUACCGGGGUAAUCUGGGUGAUUGUAAUUAUCUAUUUAGCYGARUGGACUUCCUGGUAUUUUGCACAGCUGUCCAAGGUGCCAUUUAGUGAAUGGUUGGCAUAUAUAUACUUUUUAUUUGAUCACUAAUAGUAAUAUUGUACCUACUUGGUCCAAAAACAGACAUUUCAACACGGUUUACUUCGUGUGGUCGRCUUUCUGGAAAACAUCGACAUACCAACUCGUGAAGAGCUAUCCUGAAACCUUUCAUCCUAAAUACAUAGAUUACAGGGUUAACUAGUGAAUUCAUCAUCAGAAGAGAAACUGCGCCGAAGUGUGCUUGGUAAGGGACUGGAAACAUAUCAAUAUCACGGAUUAAAAGUACCAACCCCAUUGGUGUCCAGGUACAGAUUGAAGCUAUGGUCACCAAUAGGACAGUAGCCACCAGUCUUUUCUCCUGUCGAGGUAACCGCUGGGCAUUAAACUGCGGCUGCGUUUUACGAGACUUGAAUUUAAUGUAUAUUGUAAUGUAAGUUGUGCACAAGAUAAGCGUUUUUAAAAUUAUCCAUGGACUUCCUAAAUAAUUUCUCUUGUUUUGUGGAUUAUUCAACGAUGAACUCAUGGCAAUCGUAAGGGCGCAUAUCCAUGGUGACAGAACAAACCACAUGUAAACAGACGAUUUCAGCGUGCGGUGACGCAACGGCCAAAGAGUUGCCAACAUUCGCUCGAAUGCUACAAUGAUUAGCGAAAGCAUAGUAGCGCCCAUAGUGAAAUUAUAAACUGACGUUUGGAUUACUACUGCUGUGCUUCUGUGGUAUAAAAAAUUCUUGUCAACCAAGGCUUUGAUUCCGAAGAGAACUAAGACUACAGUAUUGGAGAUUAAAGUACCCAGACCUACUACCAUGUCUGCCACGGCAAGAUUGACAAGACAGUACAUACUUCUCUUUAAUAAAUGGCGAUUUACCAGAAAUGUGAUGACAGUCAAAACAUUAGCUACAAAUACUGUAAUCGAACCAACAAAAUAAAGUGUUGCCCAGAUAAUCUCGGACGUCUUUGGCUGCCCCCCAAACUUGUCAUAUGAGGAGUUUGCUGGCAUUUUUGAGUUUCCGUGCGUUCACUGAAGACUAAGACAUCCCACGGACAGCUUGGUGGAGAAAUGUAAAGGAAAUCUAAAGGAAACAGAUUAAAUGACAGCUAAUUAUUAAGAUGUUGGUUGUGAUUUUGAGCACGUACGAUGAAAGCAAACUUGAAUUGGAACAAUUUGAAAUGAAUCAAUGGACUCUUCUAUAGAUAUCAGUUUGUAUGGUAGACAAAACCCAUUUUAAGACUGUUGUGUUUUUAUUCGAGUCGACUCUAACCGAAGACGUCAUACUUUGUUUUUUUUUUUCCUCCUGAAUUUGCAGCUGGAGCCCUUGAUGGCAAUGAAUGUCACGAAAAAAGAACAUGUAGAAAGCAAAGGACUAGAGAAAAAGAAGUACGUACUUAGAAAGCUGUCAGCAUUGUUGGGAACAAUACUUACAUAUUCCAUGCAAGUAAAUUCGCUUUUUUUACUAUAUAAAGUAAUAAACAAAUGUUGUCCAGUUCCAGUCCCUUCUGUCGCGCUCCGUUGAAAAGCUGGUCCAGGGCGUUGGCAAGAMACAAGAUAAUUAACCGACUGUAAUAGUUCAGYGACGCCUCARGGCAUAUAUCCGGCAAUGAUUAUGAAUGGCCGGUAAGAAAUGACUGUUAUGGUUUGAACUUCCUUCUUCUAUUAUAUUAGAAGCGCUUGUGGUGUAAAACACUAGUUUCUGCGGAAGAAAUAAAUAUUUUAUUUACGAUUGCACAGAGACGUUAUAAGAAAUUCCAAUCAGUAUAAAUAGUCCGGGAAAUGAUUAUAUACAGGUAAUGAUUUUGUACGUAAUAUAACUUGCAACUACAGGAAUAAUGAAACAAUAUUUUAAUUUACGAUACGUCAUAGUGGAAACUCAAACCUUCUAUGAGCAGUUSCAGCGUUAGAUACAUGGGAUAGACCCUACCUAUCUCGCGCUCUAUGCACUUUUUUAUGUGAAAUGAAGCCAUUUUGCUAACAAAAUAUAUUGUUUAGGCCUUUUCAUGUGAACUGUUUCAAGUUUGUAAUCAGCUGUAAACUGGUUGUCAGCAGAAAAGCCUUGUCAUUUAUCAUUUUAAUAACGCUUUCAUUUGAAAUACUCUUAAAAACCUCUUCAAUCUGAAAGUUGUUCAACUUUGCGCUUUUAUUUAUGCAAAUGUCUAGCAUACAAUGUUAAACCGUUUGAGUACAAUCUAGAGUAAAGUUUUACCCGAAAAGAUUGUAGUAAUGUUUAUGGAGUUUCUAGCUCGGAAACUAAUUAAUA